AUGUGGAUGGCCUUGGGAGAAAUGUUGGCUCAGAUGGUAGGCCGUUUGCCUGAGUUCGAUGAGGACCCGGUUCAAGAGUUGACGAAGAGUGCUGAUGCGCUGUUGGUCCGCUUUAAAUACGAGAAUGACAGGCAAUGCGCUCGAACUUUGAUCUUGUUCAGAGCGAUCUCCAACUUGAUCCGAGUGGCUCUGGAGACAAGUAUAAACGCGUGUGAUGCCGCUGUUGAUGAGGCCAACACUAAGCUGGUCGGAGAUGCGGUGCUGCAGGAUUGGGCCAAGGGUGUCAUGGCUGAGACCACCGACUCCUUUACUAAAAGAUGCACCAGAGAGUAUCCCUGGAUUGCCUCCCAGUCUGAGUUCCGUUCGAAUAAGGCAUUGUUGAUACAGGAGGUUAAGGAUCGUAUUGAUACCUGUACAUCGAAACAUGCAGUCCGACUCGCUGAGCAUUUGAGGCAAGAGGUUGAGAUGCUGAUGGGGGGGUAUAGAGCUGAGAAGAGGAAGCUUGAGAUGACCGCAUUGCCGGCUGAUGAGGCUGUUCUUAGACGGGACCACACUGCUAUCACUCAGGAUGUGUUGGACCGGUUCGACAGCGAUGAGGAAGCGGUCGCCGAUUCGGCUGCAUAUAAGGACUUCCGCUCGCAGCUGGACCAUAGUAUGGGGGCGGAGUGGGACAGACUACGCAAGAAGAAUAUCGAGCUGUGGAAGGUCUACUCCGAUGAUGCUACUGCAUGUGCUCUUGAGAUGAACCGGAAAUACGUGAAGGAGUCCUGUCCCCAAGGGUGGAUGUGUUUGUUCAAGCUGUGGCCGAGUUCUCAUGCUGGGCGUGUUAAGGCUAAUCUGGACGAGUGUUUCGAGACCAAGUCGAGUGUGAAGAUGCCGAUCUCGAUGCGUCAGGCGGUAUUUGAUAGCUGGUAUGAGAAGGAGUUGGGCAAAGAGGCCGCUGAGGUGAGACAGAAUCUGAUGGUAUUCCUCUUCACGCUGACUCUGCCUGUGGUUUGGAUAAGUUGGUUGACGACCCGAUCCCGAAAAAUAUUAUGAUGAUGAUUGUUAGUUGUAGUAGAAUAAUGUUGCCAAUGAAAUGCCGAGGUGUCUACUACUAUAUUCGCGAGUAACAAUAUGAAUCAUUCACUGUGUGCAUCUCUCUCACGCGGAGUUUCA